GAGCUGCUGUAGCGUAGAGCUUUUUGGUCUUUUUUGUAGUGCAGAAUAUUAUUUUCAGCCAGGCCUCCUUGCAAAAUUUCUCACUUCGCUCAGCUCCGCGUUCCCAGAUGGCGGAGUCUUCCCCGCCCGCAUGUCUUAACCCUGCUUGCGUUUGCACGCAGAAUGGAGGCCCUUCCCUACGAAAGGCUUGCACUUUCGCUUCUAUUUCCGGCGGGGUAAGUGGAAGUAUGACUCCACGGGAACAUCCCACAAGAGAAAUCAAGGCAGACGUUCAAACCUGAAAUUAAGCGGGGCUAAACAUUUCUUGGCCGAUCUCCCACUCCACCCGGGUCUCGUCUGAACUUUGCCAAGGAGCAAAAAAGCCCAGAGGACUAUACUUAGGCUGCUACCUGGCUUUUGGAGACCUUAUAUACUGUCCCUGGGAUCUUCUAAGUCCAAAUGUGAGGCUACCAAUGAGUUUGGCUCUCCUUGUCUGACCACUCACUUGUGUUCUUGCAAUCUGAUGGUAAUUGAUCACUGUGCAACCACAACACCCCCUCCUCUUGAUUCCAGCAGUGCAGGAGUGUGCAACAUGAAUAAUCAAAAAAUGGUAAACUGUCUGUUGCAAGAAUGCAAACAAAUGCUGGAGCAGCCCUCACUUAUGGUGGAAGACCAGCCUAAGGAAAGCAAGAAUCAACUCUUUGGAGCUUCACUCCCUGAGGAUUUGAGGACCCUCAUCGAAGAGGCCAAGGAAAUGAAGUGGCCCUUUGUGCCAGAAAGGUGGCAAUACAAACAAGCCAUAGACCUUGAAGACAAAACAAAUUUGCAAGAUAUGAUCAAUGCAAGGCUGCAUGAGUUACUGGUUUGCUUAAAAACCUCCAUUGCCAACAGAGACUAUGUGACAGCAACAGCUAUUGCAUUUCUGGUUGACCGGUUUUUAUAUUGGGUUGAUGGUUCCAGCCAGCUUCUUCAAAUUGUCAAACGGCUGCAUCAGCUUGAGCCUACAGUACCAAUUGCCCCUCAGCUGGUUAUUCGUCAGGCUCGCAUCUCUGUGAAUUCAGGUAAAUUAUUGAAGGCUGAAUAUAUUCUUAGCAGUCUUAUUAUUGACAAUGGGGCAACAGGGGUAUGGAAGUACUGUAAAGAAAGUGAUCGUAUUCUUGUUCAAUCUGUCUGUAUACAGAUCAGAGGACAGAUUCUACAGAAACUGGGGAUAUGGUAUGAAGCAGCAGAGCUGAUUUGGGCCUCAAUUUUGGGUUAUUUUACACUUCCCCAGCCAGAUAAGAAGGGAAUAGCUACCUCACUGGGUAUUUUGGCAGACAUCUUUAUAUCCAUGAGUGAAGAUGAUUACAUCAGAUUUAAAAACAAUUCUCAGCUUGGCCUGAACCUUCUUAAAGAUUUCGAUCAUCGUUUACUUUCAGCUGCCGAAGCUUGCAAGCUGGCUGCAGUCUUGAGUCAGUUCACACCAUUGUUUGUGCUCACUGCAGUUAAUAUCCGGGGAAUAUGUUUGCUAACUUACAGCUGUUCAAGUGUAUGUCCUCCAGAAAAGCGAGCAUUUUAUUUAUCACAAGCAAAGGAGUCCUUUGAAAUUGGUUUAUUGAGCAAGAAGGACAAAGAACCAGUCACCAGCAAACAGGAGCUCCACACUUUUAUCAAAGCAGCUUUUUCCCUUGCCAAAGUACACCAGCGACUGUAUGGGGAAAGCAAGAGCCUUAAUCAGGUGAAUCAGUUGUGCCAGGAAGCUUUGGAGAAGCUUUAUGCUUACAGUUAUUCACUUCAAAAUGAAGAGCAGGAAAAAGAACUGCUUGCUAAAGACAUCAUGUCCUUGGUCAUCUCAGUUAAAGAACAAUUGCAAGUGCAAAAUUUUUCUAAUUCAGAUGCCAAAUCCUACAUUCCUGAUAGCUACAAAAUGGAUGUCAAAAAAGAAGUUCUGACUUGUGAUUUGAGCUUUGAGGAGGUUCUCAGCAUGUAUUUUCAGCGUCAUGAAUCAGUCUGUGAUGUUUUUGAAAGUACUUGCAGAAACCAUAAAAUUAGACCAGGAAAAGGGAAGGCAAGAGCCUGUAUAACAACUUUAAAGACGGAAACCAGAAAUAUGGAUACCAUAUGUGAUACUGAAGCAAAUUCUCAUUAUGAAAAUCACAAUGUAGCAAUCCCAGUUUCACAGAAAGCAAGGAAAACACAGGAUGGCCUUAAAGACCAAAUGGGAAAGAAAAUUUCUCAGAUUGUUACAAGGACGGUUUCUCUUGAUGAACAGACAGAAAGUGAAACUUCUGAUAAUCAAAACAAGGCUGGUGAGAUUUCAGUGGAUUCCCAAAAUGGGAAUAAAGUCUUUAGUGAACUGGGAACUUGGAGCAAAUUGUCCAGAUCAAACUCCAAUACUAGCUGGGAAGAAAUUAUCAGUAAUAAAAAUGAUCUACCCCGAGAUAAGGUGCAGAAGACAAAGAACACUACAGAGUUGCCUGAAGAUAUUGAAAAGAAAAUUCAAGAGAGUGAUCUUUGUUUGUUAACUAAUAAAAUAGACAAAAUCACACUUCAACACUCUCAAAAUGACGCAGGUUCUUUAAAGCAUCCCUUUCAGAAAAACAUACCUUUCACUAAUACACCAAAAGAAUUGGACCCAAAUUUAAGAAAGAAACAUCUGGAGACAGGAGUGGAUGCUUCAAAACAGUCAUCCAGAAGAGCUAGUAGCAGCAACUCCAAACAAGAUAAAGUAAUGAAUGUUACAUCUGAAAAAGAUCCUUUUGGAAUAAUUUCUUCAGGGAAGGUUUCCAGAACCAAGGACAGCAGCAAUGUUACUAUUUCUAGUAUUGGAAAAGGAAGCAUUGAAGACAAUGCAAACCAUACACGAGAUUCAGGCCCGAUAAGUAGAAAUCAUUGGCAAAUGGUUGACUUAGAAGGAGAAACAGAAGAGGGGACGGAAGAUUCACUAAUGAAUCCAGAUCUACCCAGUGAAAAGACAGUACCUGCUUCUAUAAGAAACAAUGUAUUAAAAACUGAAUGUGACCAUUUUGUACAAAAUUGGAUUAACCAAUCUGCCAAUAUGACGUUAACAGGAUGCCCUAAAAUAUCUGAAGUUAAAGCACAAGCAGACGAUGACUGGGAACUGGUUACUGACGAUAGAAGAGAGUUAACAGAUGAAGGUAUAAUAAAAGAUCCACAAAAUUACAGGACUGAGGCCCCAGGUUCAUUAGGUUGGGGCAACAAGCAAGUUUCAAAUCAUUAUAGUGAUUGUGCUACAACUGAAGAAGAUGAAGGUGAAAAUAUGAGAGGCAUUUUAAACAGCUGCCACAGCUCAAGCUCUCUGAAAUCAUGGUACAAAGGAUCCAGUUUUUCCAGUUUUUCUGAACUGGGAAGUUCUCCCUUAAUGAAUUCUAGUGGAAGCUCUUUUUCCUUUAUUAGCAUGGUCAAAGAACAAAUGCAACAAGCGCGUACUCUGAGCAAUGAUGAUUAUAACAAGCUAUUUUCAGGUGUUGAACAUGCUUGGCUAGUUGAGAGACUGAAGAAUACAGGAUUCUUUAAACCAAGCCUCCUCCAUAAAACACACUAUGCUCUUCUUUUGAAAUAUUCUAAUAUAUCUGGGCUGUGGACAGCUCAGGAGACAGCUGCAUAUAUUGGAGAUAACUUGAGUGUGGCAAAGAAAGGCAAGCAGAGGAAUGCUUUUUGGAUACACUUUCUGCACCAAGAAGAAACCCUGGGAAGGUAUGUUGGCAAAGAAUACAAAGAAGAAAAAGAGAUUAUAUACCAUUUCAAUGAUGUGGAACGACAAAUGACAGCUCAGUACUAUGUGACAGAAUUCAACAAAAGACUAUAUGAGCAGAACAUCCCUACACAAAUCUUUUACAUUCCAUCGGUGGUACUCUUGAUACUAGAAGGCAAGUCCAUCCAAGGAUGCGUAACCGUGGAGCCCUACAUUCUAGGAGAAUUUGUGAAGUUAUCCAACAACACCAAUGUAGUAAAAUUGGAGUACAAAGCCACAGAAUAUGGACUUGCAUAUGGCCAUUUCUGCUACGAAUUUUCCCAAGGCACAGAUGUGGUGGUUGAUUUACAAGGCUGGGUGACUGAUAAUGGAAAAGGCCUCAUUUAUCUUACUGAUCCCCAGAUCCAUUCUGUCUCUAAGAAAGAAACAUCAGGCCUCACAAACUUUGGAAAGAAAGGAAUCUACUAUUUCUUCAAUAAUCAGCAUACAGAAUGCAAUGAAAUCUGUUCCCGUCUUUCAUUGACAAGACCUACAAUAGAGAAACCAAAGUGAUAUUAGAUUACUCUUGCCCCUUUACCCAAGAGUCAGUGGUGAAAUUUAAUUUUUUUUACUACUGGUUCUGUGGGCGUGGCUUGGUGGGCGUGGUGUGGCAGGGGAAGGAUAUUGCAAAAUCUCCAUUCCCAUCCUACUCUGGAGCCAGCCAGAGGCGGCAUUUGCUGGUUCUUCCAAACUACUCAAAAUUUCCGCUACCAGUUCUCCAGAACCUGUCAGAACCUGCUGGAUUUCACCUCUGCCAAGAGUCCCUGCUGUGACUUUUCAACAAUCAUCUUUUUCUAUUUUUUAAUAUCUGCACCAUAAUAUCCAAUUAAAAUGUGUUAUGUGUGUUCUGAUAUCAAAAGUUCAUUCUGUAAUAAGGCAGAGGUGUUACUCAUAAGGAGAGAGCUUGCAUUUAGUUGCUUCUUUUGUAUCAUACUCUUUGUACAAUUGCAGUGUUGUAUACAUAGAAGUGUUGUUCUAAGCAUAGAAAUACUAGUGCUCUGUGCCUCAGCAUCAUACAAAUUAGUCAUUGAAAGUCAGUACUGAUGAAAGGCAGCCUAUACACCACCUUAUCUUAUCUGGAAAUGAUUAUUAAUGCAGCUGAGCAAAGCUAAAUAGCCUUGGAAAGACUCUCAGCUCAGCCAGCACUCAUGUUCUUUAUGUCAUGCAUUUUAAGUACAUUUUCUUCUAAAAGCCUGCAUUUCUCCCUUCUUGUAUUUGCAACACAAAUAAACUAGCUGAGCACUGUUAAAUUCAUUAGACACCAGACUUCAACAACUGCUUAGAUUUAUAUAUUAAGUGAGAGCUCUGCUUUGAACGUGAGCCAUGGACUCCGAUUCAUUUCCAAACACCUGACCUUCGGACCUUCCGCCGCGAAUUGAAAACACAUCUAUUUAUUCGCGCGGGGCUGGCUUAAAUUUUAUUGCUUUUAAAUUUCUAUUAUUAAUUUUAAGGGGUUUUUUAGUUUUAUAUAUUUUAAAGUUUUUAGGCCAACUAUAUAAUAAGUUUUUUAAUUUGUAUUUUAAUUGUAUAUUGUACCGUUUUGUUUUACCUUGGCUGUACACCGCCCUGAGUCCUUCGGGAGAAGGGCGGUAUAAAAAUCGAAUAAAUAAUAAUAAUAAUAAUAACUUAUUAUCCAGGGACCAACAAGGAACACAUGAUAAUAGUUGCCCACAUGUUAAAAACAAUACCUCAUAUUGCAGUCAUGGAAUCAAGAAAAUUGAUGAUCCAAAAAAAUUUACAAGGAAGAAAGAUUUUUUUUCCAGUUGUGAUAAUCAUAGAUGUUUAUUUUAUUUUAUUUUUAUUUAUUUAUUUAUUUAUUAAAUUUGUAUACCGCCCUUCUCCCGAAGGACUCAGGGCGGUUCACAGCCAAUAAAACCAUAAUACAUAUAAUACAAAUUAAAAAACAGUAUAAAAAACUAAUAGGUCAUGGUCUAAUUACCCUGUAUCCUGAUAUUUCUUCAGCAAGUGUCUGGCAUCUUCAUAAGUACAAAUUAUAUACUUCUUGAAAACUAACAAAUCAAAACAAAAAUAACUUCAUAAGAACCUAAACACCACCAAUUUCACCCUAAAACAUUGAAGCAACAACAAAAAAAAUUAAAAGCAAUUAAAACAUUUAACUUUUCUUAAAAAGCCAGUGUGUCAAAAAUCUGCAAUAUUAUCUUUAAUGCUGAUCUCAUAUUUGUGACAGAGAAAGAUGCAUUUCAUAAAACUAUUUAAAACUGGUCUUAAUUUAUUCAAUAGUGUUUAUUAAAGAAUGUACAGUCCUAGACCAAACCUUAAAAUAAAACAUUGAAUACAAAAAUAAAAAAUGUUAGUUAAUAAUUCAAAAUAAAAAUAUAAUUGUGGAAAGAUCUUGGAUCUAAGGAGCUUGUUAUGUAUGUAUGUUUGGACAUGUAUGUGUUUAAUGUGUAAUUAAAAUAGUCCAUCUCAGCAAAGACCUCACCUGGAAAAACAACACGAUCCAGGUGGCCAGGAAGACCCAACAGAGAUUCCAUUUCCUUAGGAUCUUGUGUAAAACAGGGUGGAACAACAACUGGCUUAAUAGGGUUUUAAAUAUGGAUUUUAUUGGGGUUUAUUUUAUAUUUCGUAUUGUAUUUUAAAUUUAGGCUAUUGGAAUAAGUUUUUUAAAAUAUUGUUUUUAUUGAAUGUAUUGUCUUUAUUUUAUCUGCCUUGUUCACCGCCCUGAGUCCUCCGGGAGAAGGGCGGUAUACAAAUUAAAUUAUUAUUAUUAUUAUUAUUAUUAUUAUUAACUGAUGACCUCCUUUUAUCGGUCCUCAAUAGAAAGCGUCCUCACCUAUUGCAUCACGGUAUGGCAUGCCGG